AUGUCCCAGGAGAAAUCAACGCUCACCACCUGUCCCGGCUUCUUCCUGUCACCGCUGUUCCACCACCGUCCACUGCCGUCAGAAUCCAGCUUCUUUGGCUUCCUAACCUGGACCGACACCAGCAGCUCUCCAGGAAUCCUCCAGACCUUCAGCACCAGACUUGAACCGCUGAGACAUCCAGCCACCAAAGACAGCGACCAGCUCCUAAGCGCUCAGCUUUUCCAGCGUGCAAACCAGCCGGUUUUGGACCAUGAGACCAUAUUGUCUCCCGGGCGCGCUGGCCAGCCUCAGUUCCUCAUGGGCCGUUGCUCUGAGGUCACCCUCCAACCAUUGCCGUGUGAGCCACCCCGAGCUGGCAGCUGGCUCCAUCAAACCGUGCAAGCCAAGAAGAAACGAGCCACGGGUCCCACCCUCACUCCAGGAACACCUGGAGAAACAAGGGUGGCGCUUCGGGCGCAUGCCCCAGACACGCCCCAUGGAAAUCGCUCCAGGGAUCCGUCACCGAACUUAAUCCUGAGCGCCGCUGGCCAGGUCUGUGCGACAGGUCCCACUUCCCCGCCCUAGUGGGGUCGCGCUGGGUUCCCUCCGCGAUCUCCACCUGUGUUUUGGACUGUUCCAGAGGGUCAGUUUCCUGUGCGGGUAAAUUCUGCACCCAGCACCUCUCAUCUUCCUCCUCCCUCCCCGCCGCCCGGACACCCCGGGUCGCUCUGUCCCCGCCGCACUCUCAUCGUCCCCGCGGGCCCCGGCGCAGUCUCCUCACCCCGCGCCGCUGCCCUGGGGCUCUCGGCGCCCCGGAGCCAGGGUCUCGCUGCGUCCUCCUCGCGGCGAACCGAGUCCUCUGGAGUCCCCGGAGCCAUGAGUCUCUGCGCUGCCCCCCGCCGCCUCACGGGCGCUGCUGCGGCGCUGGGGCUCGGGAGCCUCCUGGUGCUGCUCGGGCCGGGACGCGCGUGCCCCGCGGGUUGUGCCUGCACCGACCCCCACACUGUGGACUGUCGCGAUCGCGGGCUGCCCAGCGUGCCAGAUCCCUUCCCCCUGGACGUGCGCAAGCUGCUAGUGGCCGGCAACCGCAUCCAGCAAAUCCCUGAGGACUUCUUCAUCUUCCAUGGAGAUCUGGUGUAUCUGGAUUUCAGGAACAACUCUCUGCGCUCGCUGGAGGAGGGCACGUUCAGCGGCUCGGCCAAGCUGGCUUUCCUGGACCUGAGCUACAACAACCUCACCCAGCUGGGUGCCGGCGCCUUCCGCUCAGCGGGGAGGCUAGUCAAGCUCAGCCUGGCCAACAACCACCUGGCCGGGGUACAUGAGGCCGCCUUCGAGAGCCUGGAGUCCCUGCAGGUGCUGGAACUCAACGACAACAACCUGCGCAGCCUCAACGUGGCGGCUUUGGAUGCGCUGCCGGCGCUGCGCACAGUGCGCCUGGACGGGAACCCCUGGCUGUGCGACUGUGACUUUGCUCACCUCUUCUCCUGGAUUCAGGAGAACGCAUCCAAACUGCCCAAAGGCCUCGAUGCCAUCCAGUGCUCGCUGCCCAUGGAGGACCGGAGGGUGGCCCUGCGGGAGCUGUCCGAAGCCAGUUUCAGCGAGUGUAAGUUCAGCCUGUCUCUCACCGACCUCUUCAUCAUCAUCUUCUCCGGGGUGGCUGUGUCCAUUGCUGCCAUCAUAUCCAGUUUCUUCCUGGCCACUGUGGUGCAGUGCUUCCAGAGGUGCGCCCCCAACAAGGACACGGAGGAUGAGGAUGACGAUGAAGAUGACUGA